CGGUGCGUCGCACAUUCCGGCGUUCUGUUUUCAGUGUCCGCGAGUUCUCGUCGCCAGCAGCACCACGUUAACCGUUAGCCAACCCACCAGCACCAACACCAGCAACAAAACUGACACCACCACCACCAGCAGCAGCACCACCACCACCAACAACAACAGUAUCACACGCCACUCCGCCCCUCUGCCACUAGCGACCGUGUCGCACUCGCUACACGCAUCCAACAGAUACUUUUGCGUACGCUUUCGAAUUCGUUUUCAAUUCAGCUACGUCCUGUUACGGGUGCAGACGCGUUGCUUCCGUUUGCAGUGCUCAGUGUCAGUCAGUGUGCUCAGAUACAAGAUAGAAACGCUGCAGAUACAGAUACUUAGCCUAAUUACGCGGCGGAUUAAAUUAUUAAAACACUAAGUUGCCGCUAAAGCCAGAGGCGGAUUUUGACUCACCCAUUAAGUCAGUCAGUCUAUCAGUCAGUAGGGAGAAACAAAUCAAAAUAAAUCGAAUCGAAUCGAAUCGGUUUGGAUUGUAUUGAAUUUAAUUGAAUCAAAUCAUAUCAGAGAAAGUGUCGCGAGUGCAUUUCGAGUUUGUGUUUGUGAGCCAGAUUUGAAUGUGAGUGUGUUUUGUUCGUGUUGGCCACAUCAGCGAGAGUCAGUCGAGCAUCGGGCAUCAAAGGCGCAUUAAAAACAUAUCCCCGAGUUACUUAAAAUUAAUCACUAACAUAAUCACUGUGAUUUUUAUUAUUUGAUCUGCCAACGUCAGCCGCGUGUGCGAAAACUAUAAGCGGCUCUAUUAAAUACCUUUGAUUAGCAAUCUGUUGCAACAACAUUGGCGGCACUAAACUGAAGACUCAACGACAACAGAUCUGGAUUCUGAUUCAGAUUUCUGAGAUUUAUAGCCUCCGCCCACGCGACUUCUCCCAGAGAUCACCGGAGAUUCUUUCGUGUUAACUUGCCAAUGCGAUUGAAAUGAAAGCAUUCUGAUUUAUUGCCCCGUGCCCACGACAUUUGCUCCUGCAGAAGACCAAAAGUUCGACAGGGUCUGCGACUUUGAUAAUCCGGAAUAGAGGAAACCGACGGAACUUUGUUUCACUGCCGAUCGAACGGCUCCCACCCAGUGGAUUAAUUUGAUUUCCUUCCCCAACAAGCAGAGCUCUUAGAGCUCUGGAAACGGCUGCAUCUUGGAUUUGCUCUCGCCACAGUUGGAAGAUACCGGCCUCAAGACGACGACUUUCCUGCAGCACUUCAAGGACGUCGUCUCGACGAAGUUCACCGGGCGGGACCACCAUCUGCCGCCGCUGCACCCUGCGCAUCCCGCCCACAUCCCGCACCAGCAGUCGGCGCUGCACCACCACCACCAUCAGCCGCACCAGGCUGUUGCCCAGAGCUUCUCCACCAUUUUUCCCACGUAUCUAGGCAUGGACCGCACCGCCGCCGGCGGUUGUGGUGCGGCGGGGGGCGGCGGUCUAGGUGUCGGCGUGGUCACUAGCUCGGCCACGGCCCUCGGUCCCGGCGGCAUAGCCAAUGGGGGUGGGGGCGUGGUCAGCGGAGCGCUGAACGGCCUGGAGGCCAUGUCGGCCGAGUCCACGGGCCUGUGCCUGCAGGAUCUGGUGAGCGCAGGAACGGCAAAUGGAGCUGGCUCGGCGGGAUCGGCGGAGAGUGCCACCACCACCAGCACAGCCCUGAGCAGCGGCAGCACCGGUAGUUCCACGGUUAAUGGCGGCAGCAGCACCUCGGGCACAGAGCACCUCCACAGCCACCACAGCCUCCACGACUCCAGCUCGUCCGUCAGCAUCUCACCCGCCAUCUCGAGCCUGAUGCCCAUUAGCAGUCUGAGUCACUUGCACCACUCUGCCGCCGCUGGCCAGGACCUGGUCGGUGGCUACUCCCAGCAUCCGCACCACGCUGUGGUGCCGCCGCACACGCCCAAGCACGAGCCGCUCGAGAAACUCAGAAUUUGGGCCGAAACUGGCGAUUUUCGUGAUAGUCAUAGCUCCAUGACCGCCGUAGCAAAUAGUUUGGAUAGUACCCACUUGAACAAUUUUCAGACGUCAUCGUCAUCCUCGCUAACGAAUCGGAAUCGGGAUCGCAAAGAUGGCAAUCGCAGUGUAAACGAGACCACCAUCAAGACGGAGAACAUAUCCAGCUCCGGGCAUGACGAACCAAUGACCACCAGUGGCGAGGAGCCAAAGAAUGACAAGAAAAACAAACGCCAGAGGCGCCAGCGAACCCACUUCACCUCGCAGCAGCUGCAGGAACUGGAGCACACAUUCAGCCGGAAUCGGUAUCCGGAUAUGUCCACCCGCGAGGAGAUCGCCAUGUGGACCAACCUCACGGAGGCCAGAGUUAGGGUGUGGUUCAAGAACCGACGGGCCAAGUGGCGCAAACGGGAGCGAAACGCCAUGAACGCGGCGGUAGCGGCGGCGGACUUCAAGUCCGGAUUUGGAACGCAGUUCAUGCAGCCGUUCGCCGACGACUCACUGUACAGCUCGUAUCCGUACAACAACUGGACCAAGGUGCCCUCGCCGUUGGGCACCAAGCCGUUCCCCUGGCCGGUCAAUCCCCUCGGAUCAAUGGUGGCCGGGAAUCACCAUCAGAACUCGGUGAACUGCUUCAACACGGGGGCCAGCGGAGUGGCGGUGAGCAUGAACAACGCCUCGAUGCUGCCGGGGUCAAUGGGGUCGACGCUCUCCAACUCGACGAAUGUAGGGGCGGUGGGCGCCCCUUGUCCGUACACCACCCCCGCCAAUCCGUACAUGUACCGGGCAGCGGCCGAGCCGUGCAUGUCCUCCAGCAUGUCCUCGAGCAUCGCCACGCUUCGGCUGAAGGCCAAGCAGCACGCCUCCGCCGGAUUCGGCAGUCCCUACUCCGCCCCCUCGCCAGUGUCGCGCUCGAACUCCGCCGGACUCUCCGCCUGCCAGUACACGGGCGUGGGCGUGACGGACGUGGUCUGAGAAAACGCUCUGGGUGCCCUGCUCAACCAGCACCAGCACCAUUUGCAGCACUUCUCGGGGGGAUCCGGGGUGAAUUCCGGGGUGUCGCACAACGGAAUGCAGCAGCACGGCGGCAACAUGUUGCAGCACAACAGCAACAGUGGCAGCCUCCUGCUGGACCACUCUGAUCUGGGCCUGGGUGUGUCCGCCGUGUCCGGCGGCGGCAAUCCGGACGAGGGCAACCACAACAGUCUGGAGGGCAACAACAAGUCCCCCCUGGACGCAAACGGCACACCCCUGGCCAACAGCAACGACAACGAUGACGAGGACGUCAUCGAUUGAAGGAUCUACUUAAAUCAAACUAAAGGCAGAAACCCUUAGACCUAAGCAUUCAUUAAUAAUUUAGAUGUUACUAUUAAAAAUUAAAUUAAUAUAACAGUUCGAAAAGGAGAGUAGGAGUAACCCCAAUCCAAAGAGCAAAUUUUUUGAGAACAAUAAUUAAAUUUAUUAAACUAAAAAAAGGAGGAGGAAAUGAUAGUCGAGGUAUUGAAAUUCAGUUUUAUUUGUGUUGAGAUUAAAUGCUAAUUACGUUCGAAAUCCCCCAGCUGAGAGAAACCAAAACAGAAAUUAAGUGUUUUUGUAAAUAAAAGCAAAUAUGUAGUUAUAGGAAGCCGAAGCCUAACUAAUCAACCAAAUAGCCAGCCCAAAGAACAUAAGAGUAUAAUCAACUGUCCUAGUUCCGAUUUCAGUUCCCCAUCUUAUAUCGUAAAAAUAUAUAAAUAUAAAUAUAUAUGCAAGAAACGUAUCAAGAUUGUAAACAAGCUAAAGCUGAUAAGUCAAGCCUAAAACUAAAAAUAAAAAUAAAACUAAAACUAUAUCAAAGCAGUAGCAGUUUUUAAGGAGUUGUCUAGUCGUAUUGAAAUCCGCCGGAGUCGCGCCCGCAAUGGCAUAUGGCAUAUAUGUACUUGUCGGUCUGUAUAUGUACAUGUAUAUCCCCAACUAAAGAGCCCCUUAUAAAUAUAAACUAUUUAAUAAUUGUACACUUAAUAUUACUAGUUAUAGAAAUUGAAUCAAAAGAACAAUAAAAAUUAUGAAAAAAAAAAA